CCAUCACUUUCAUCAUUCAAUCAUCCCCAAAACUCUCAUCAUUUUUCACAUGCUCUCUCUGAGCUCAGCUUCCCUUCCAUCCAUGGCUGCCUCCUCCUCCACAUUUCCUCUACGCUCCUCACGCGCCGUCUUCCUCUCCUCCUCCCACUCUCGCCUGAACCCCACGCCCACUCCCUCCCUCUCUUUCCCGCUCCGAUUCCACCCCAAACUCUCCUCCGUCAAGCUCCCAAAUCCCCCGCCUCGCUCCCUCAAGAUCUUCUCCGUCCGCGAAUCCAAAGCUCCGGCGGUUACCGGGGACUCGUGGGAGAAAUCAGUUAUUAACAGUGAGACUCCUGUGCUAGUCGAGUUUUAUGCAAGCUGGUGCGGGCCGUGUAGGAUGGUCCACCGCGUGAUUGAUGAAAUUGCGGUUGAGUAUGCCGGCAAGCUCAACUGCUUUGUGCUCAACGCGGAUGUUGAUUUGCAGAUUGCCGAGGACUAUGAUAUUAAGGCUGUACCGGUCGUUUUGUUGUUUAAGAAUGGGAAGAAAUGUGACACUGUGGUUGGCACCAUGCCAAAGGAGUUCUAUGUUGCUGCCAUUGAGAGGGUUCUGAAGUCAUAACCAUUUUCUGAUUUGUGCCAAAAGGAGUUAACAACAGUAUUAGUUGAUUUUACCCCGAUAUGAUACUUGUAAGAUUUCCUAUCCCCUGAAUCUUAAAAGGGUUUAUACAGGUUGUACAUAUAAAUCGUAGACAUAUGCCUACUUCAUUACCUGCAUAGGUCUUAGUUACGGCAUUACCAGUUUCUGCUCCUCUUCUUUGGCAUUGUCAUAUUCUCGGUUGAGGCAUAGGCGGAAAUGUCUUGCACUACUGCUGAUUGUUCAUCCCCAGUUUAAUUUGUGAUUGUGAUGCAAAGUUAAUGAUUCAUUGGAAUGAAACAUGGUUAUUUGUUUCUUUUUCUC